CAGCAGCACCACGGCCAUGUUCGUCCGACACGCACUCGGCCUGCUCGCUGCUUUGGCAGUCGUGGUUGCUGGCCAAGAUGACCAGAAUAAUGAUCCCACCCCGACCGAGGACUCCAACACGCCCAGUGAGACCUCGGACACUUCUGGGCCGGCGACAGUCACCAUAGCGGUCGGAGCGAAUGGCCAUGUAUUUACCCCUAAUGAAGCCAAGGCCAAUGUUGGCGACAUCAUUAGUGAGUUUUGAGUUGUCAGAUACUCUGCUUGUUUAGCCAG